UCCACAUAUAACUCAUCCUACUCUGUCAACAUGGCAUAUAUUCUCCCUGCAAAAGCAGAUGAGUACAUGAUCCAUUUUAUAUCUCACUGGCCAAUGAAUUGAAGAACCCCGGUUCUGUUUGACAAACUGCGAAAUGUGUAUCCAGCUGACAUCCAGUAGUCUCCGCAAGAGCCAACGCCGCACUCGGCCUACGAACAGAUAUAUCGCUGUUCAAUUCAAGAUCCUUCCCAAUAUCUACACAACAACACCAAUAACCAUGUCAAUAGACAUACAACUCUCCACCCAUCUUAAGCAUCCACAACAACCAUACCAUCUUAUGAUCACUACCUCAACCUCAAUCAUAAUGCCUGCACUCCCGAGACCCGAAACCGACUACGAGCGCUGGAUGCGCGACCGUAAGCCAGAUAUCCAAAUUAGCGAAAAGCCGCAGUACGGUUUAGACCCUGUUGUCGAAUAUCCUUCCUCCAUGAAGCAUGUCUCAGAUCCACAGCUACUGCUGGAAGACCAGCGCAGUCCACCACACACACCCAACGAACAUCGUCCUACCGGGAAAUCUAAAUUGUUGGCCGACUAUCCCCGGGAUGAAGAGGCGAUAGUUGAUCUUAUCACAGCACUCGUGGUUCUAGGGAUUCUUUUCUUUACCAUCUGGGUCGUGAAAGCGAGGAGAAGACCUGUUCCGAGAAUAUUAGGGCGGGUGUCCAUUCGGGAGAAGAGGAAUGUUUAAUGUGCGUGGUCUGAUUUGCGACGGAGGAUGAUUGUUAUGAUAUUUUACGAUGAGCGAAAAGUGUUGUACUAUAUUUUUAAGUUCUACUAGGGGCGUUGAGCGGUCUUGGGAUGUUGCGUUAUGG